AUGAGAUUGUGUUUUACUAUUUCAGUAAUUUUGGAGUUUAAAAAUAUUCUUUUUAAGGUUUACCUAUUAGCUCAUUAUCUUUAAUAUCAAGAUAACUUGAUUAAAAUUAUUCAUAAAUUUCCUUAGUUAAUUAUGUAUUAUUUUGAUUGCGAUAUGAAUCUGAUAUUAGGCUUUAAGAAUUCAAAGUAUUUUAAAGCCCAAAAUAGCCAUUUGUUUAUGAUCCACUUAAAUUUUUUUCAUGAUAAUUUUAUGUAUUUUAUUAGUCCUGAUCACUCAAAAUAAGUUAUUAUUAUUAGCACAUUAAAUUAUUUUAUUAUUAAUUAAAAACAGUUGAUUUGUUUUCAAAGGGAAUGCCUUCAUUUUUAAAAGAUUAGUAGUCAAAAAUAUAUGUUUUUUGUUAUUAUUUUUAAUUAGUCAUUUAUUCUUAUUCAAACAUAUUUUAUAUGCUUUAUUCCGUACAAUAAAAUUAUUGUUCUUAGGUAUUAAUAAAGCAGCAUUUUAGUUGCUAUUCUUGAGGAGAAUGAUUAUUAAUUUUUUAAAUUUUUUAUGGAGUAUCAAAGCAAUCAUUUGUAUUUUCGGGUUGUUAUUGAUUAUUAAAUUCCAUUUCAAAUUCCUAACUUGUAUUAAUAAUAAUAGGGAAAUCAUUUAUUAAAUUAUUUUAAUAAUUCUAAUUUAACAAAUAUUUUUCUUUUAUAUUUUUAUCAAUAAAAAACGAAGCUUCUUCAUUUUAUUAGUAUACUUGAAUAAUAUUAUUAUAGUUAUUUUCAUUAGAAUCUCCAAAUUUUGAUUAUUACUCUAAUUAAUUAACACUCUUCUCUUAUAUGUUUAUAAUAUAUUAAUUGUAAUCAGAUAAGUCUUCUUCAUUCUUUGAAUCAAAAUUUUAAGGUGCCAAGUUUUAAUUUUUAGGAUUAUUAUAUAUUGUAUCAACUUUUAUGA